AUGCUGAAUGUAUCAUCCAGUUUGUGCCAAAGACCAACAAGCCCUCCUCGGACGACAAGAAAGAGAAAGCUCGAGGACUUCUUCACUCCAACUCGGAAAAGUGUAUCUCCAAAGCUUCAUCGAUCAUAUCGUUUAUCUGCUGAGUUCAAGAACGAUAGUAGUGAAAGAGCUUCUAAAACAUUAUCAUUAUCUCAAGACGAGAGAUUGAAAGAAAAACCUUAUUGGAAUCCUUCUGAUACUGAAAAUUUUAUGGAAACUGAGCCCACCAUUCACGGAAACAUAUCAAAGAGAGUUCCUCGAUCGUGUACGCCUACGGAUUCCAUGCAAACCGACGAAGAUGAUAUGGAUUUCGAGGAAUCUUCUCAUACUAGGAAUGACAAUAGCUCCGUAAUCAGUAACAGUGACGGAAACUUAGUUGAAACCUCCAGCUCUACUGAGUCUACAGAUAGAUCCAUGGUGCUUGUCAGAACAAGGGAUAUUUCUGUAAAAGAUCUAUCAACGGAGACGGAUGUUGUUAGCACUACCACCCCUGAAAUCGUUGUGAACGAAAAGGCAGUCGCUAGCUCCAGUUCUUCAGAUAGUUUGGGAGAUGAAAGUAAUAAUGAGCAGCAGAACGAUAACGACAAUGAGAUGCAAGACGAUUCUAACAACGACGAGAAAGAUGACGAAGAAUAUGGUAACGAUGAGUAUGAAGUUUGGAGGGUGAUGAAACGAACUGUUAAUGCACAAGGGGAGGAAGCUUUCAUUGUUUAUUGGAAAAACUAUAACUACACGUUCUGCACUAUGCAGUCGCGUGGUGACUUAGAUGGGUGUCCUGAUGAACUCAAAAAUUUAGAAGAUAAAGAAGUAGCGCUCAAAGCUAUUAUGAGGAAUCUUCGUAGUCAUGGUUCAAGAUAUGAUAAACCCAUAGAAAUGUUGUUCACGCCUAUGGACAUUCCUGACUUUUUGCCUCCCGGUCAGAGCAACAUUCCGGAUGAUCAAUUUAUGGCAUUAGCUAACACUUCAAAACACGGGUAUUGGAGAAUUAAACAAUUAGAAGUUCAAUGGAAUGAUGUAAUUCGUAAUUAUUAUGAUAAGAGGCGUCGGAAGAUAGCUCCGUUAUAUGUAGAAGGCUGGCAUCCUUCGGCGUUCGCUUCAUUGCCUAAGUUCACUUUUAUUGUUGGUUCUAGUAGGUGGUCUGAUUCUGCCAAAAAAAUGAGAUACAAGGCAGUGAAGGAUCUUUGCUCAUGUUGCGUUUGUGUUCAGCCAUGUCACAACUGUUCUGCAAGAGCGGAGGAAGAAUAUUCUGUAUUUUGUCCCAUUGAAAAUGGCCUUUUAAAAAUUCCGAAGCACGUAAAAGGAAGUUACUUCUGGACUUAUGAAUGCGACGGAUACAAACAAUGUACAUGUAAGAAAUGUGAAUAUCGUUUAUUAACUAGAGGUAGAAAGGUUGCUUUAGUUGUAUUUUACGAGCCUAAAAAAGGCUGGACCGUCAGGGCUUCGCAAGAUAUCAAAAUGGGCCAAUUCAUAGCUGAGUAUGUUGGAGAGGUUGUUACUGCUAAGGAAGCCAAUCGGAGAGAUACUAGUUACCAAUUUGAAAUUGGAAAAUUUUGGUAUGUAGAUGCAUUACCGUAUGGAAACGAGUCGCGGUUCUUCUCGCACAGUUGCAAACCCAACUCACUUGUUGUCCGUGUGUACGGCUUGAAUCAAGCCAUUCAUAAGGUUGCUGUGUUUGCCUUGCGAGAUAUAAAAAUUGGAGAGGAAAUAACAUUUGAUUAUCACCCCGACUAUUCACCAGGUGAUUUACCUAGAGGGUCUGGGGGCUGUGAAUGCAAGGAGUCCACUUGUAGAGGUUGGCUUUAA